GAAUAUUUCACAUUUUUGUUCCAUCAAAAUUAUUUAUAACUUUAUUCAAAAAAAUAUUUACAUUUGUAAGCAAAAUUCCUCACAAAUGUGCCCGCUACAAAUGUGAGGAAAAAGUGGUUCCUGUGGUUCACCGCCAGAUGGCGCACCGGGCAGCGACUGACGCCGGCGUAACGUGAUUUCGCGCCGAUCAGCUGACACAACACAAGCAACACAACAAUUCACGUGUUCACGUGUGAGAAUUGAAUAAUUGAAUUUACGUUGAUUUACAUUCCCUCGUGCUCCUGCCCAAACUCAGACGUUAUUUUCACCUGUUCAGUAAAGUAAAGUGCAAGUGUGUUCUAGUGGAUCGCGGCCACUUCAAUCUAACAGAUUUGCAAUGGAUCGCCAAGUUGAUGGCAUUGUAUCUAAUAUUUUGUCAAGUCCUCAGCUUCGUAAUAUAUUGGAAGACGCAGUAAGAGGUGCGACAAGUGAACAUAAUGCCUCAACUACCUCCAUACAAUCAGUUUCUAAUGUACCUGUUACAUCAGUUAGAGAGGAAAUACACCGAUUAGGGCCAAUUCAGCAGCUCCACAGAAUUGUGUCAAUCAGGCAUCGAUGACCAAUGUAGUACGAACGUCUGUAAAAAAACGAAGACGUACUAUUGUUGAAAAACCUUUUUAUCGAGACAUUAUAUUACUUCAAUCAUCAAAAAUAAAUUCGACACUCAAAGGGCUACAAAAAUCUAAAGCAUAUGAAGAAGGUUUUGCUUUCUCGAAUGCAAAGUUCAACUCAAACUGGAGCUAUGAAGAAAUUGUUGCUUCUAUUAAAGACCUUUUUCAGCAUAUUCUUGAUGGGCAAGACUUUGAACUAUUGGUCCCUAUGAGUGGACAUUUAGUAAGACUCAAUCUCCCACCCGGGGUUGAGUGUGAUGGAAGAGCAAUUAAGUCUAGGUUUUAUCAGAAGGUAAUCUACGUUAGACCAUUCGUCCCAUUGUUGAGAAUGGGUAAUUCCGAAGUGACACCUACAACUGAUGACGAAUAUAAUGAUAAUAACAAUAAUUUAGACGAAUUUCAAGAAUACCCUGAAGAUAUGCAUGGGGCCCCAUCACCAAACCCAGAUGGAAAUGAAUCAAUUAUAGCAGAAAAUCAUAAUAUAGAAGAGAUUGCGGCCACCUCAAAGGAAGGGUGCGAGUCUCAAAUAUCCCUUACAAUAUUGUUGAAGGGUUUGAAUGAACAGGUAACAGAAGAAAGUGUUACCUCGUUUAACGUCUACAGAAAUGAUAUAUUUACUUGCUGUUUGCGAGCACUCAAAAGGUCCUCGUUCUCCGUUUUCAAUAAAAUAUCCGUGAAGUUCAGUGAUAUUGAAGGCUUAUCAGAAGGUGCAGUGGACGCUGGUGGACCAACUCGAGAGAUGUUCAGAUUGGUUCUGAACUUUGUAAAAGAUAGUCGCAUGUUUUUCGGACUGGACAAGAAAUACAUGCGAUUAGACUUAGAUGCUAUGAAUAAGAGACAUUAUUAUGCAGCAGGGCAGUUAAUUGCUCUGUCUUUUAUUCAUGUUGGUAAUGGACCGAAGUUUUUUUCUGAGAGUUUUUACUCAAUUCUAUAUGAUGACAUUGGAAAUGGUUUCCCAAAUAUAGACGAUAUAGAAGACCUACAUAUUCGGGAGACUCUCCACAAAUUAUCUAGAAUCACAGAGCUUUCUACUUUGCAGAGUAUACUCGAGGAUCCUUUAUUCACAGUAGCAGGCUGUGAUGUUAUAGCAUUGAUUAACAUAUAACGAGGAAGAUAGACAACCGCAAUGUGAAAUCGUGAGCGUACGCUUCCUCCUCGUUUCUCCCCUCUCGUCAAAAGUAACGAACCUGUACGCUAGCGACGUUUACAGCUCUCAUGCAAACACAACUGAAAAAGCAGAUAUCGCGUAUAAGAU